UUGAAGUACAUAAUGUACAAAGUGUGUUCAACUGGCGUGACCACAUAAUUCCAUUCUUGCCUGUCAACUUCAGUGGCCAAUCCAAGCCACACCAGUUCCAAUUCAGGAAAGUAGAUGGGCAGGCAAGGAUGCGCUAUCGCCUGUGGGCUGAUGACCCGUGGAGCCCUGAGGGACCAGGCAUGACAUGCCUUGAGGCUUCCCAGAUAUAGCUGACGAACAAGCAGUGGUUGAACCCAGCACCGAGCGAAUGGAGCUGGACGAGGUCCGCAAAGGCGUCAAGGCUCUCGGGCCAAGACUGGUGUCCCGAGAUCACCAGUGGUGGGACCGCUACUUCCUAGCACUGGAAAAUCCUAACGUCAAUGACAAGGAAUGGCCGCUGCCCAAAAUCAGCCAAACGAUCGGCUUUUGGAAAAUUGAUGAAGAUAUGACAGACGUACCGCAGCAUCUGUUGGAGAUCAGAUCCGGCCUCACACAACAAUGCCCAGCGGUGAUCAUUGGUAAUCAAGGACAAAUGCCGGCAAUUCAAGAGGUAGAUCGAACAAAAAUUGAGAUUGGUGAUCUGGCGGCAAUAUACACCGUGGAAAAGGAGGGUAGACCAUGGAUCGCCAAGGUGAUUGAUAUCAAUGAGGACACGAUCAAGAUUCAUUGGUUCCAUGGGUCUUGGAAUGGAGUUUGCCGGCCAUGGUACAACAACAUCAGCAAAAAGCAAGUACCACGGCUGGAUGAAGUUCAUGUGACGAGUGUUGUUCUGUGGGGGUUUAGAUUGACAGAGAACGGUGCUUGUUUGACUAGGACUGUGGCCAGAGAGUUGAAAGACAGGUACGAUCAAAUAGAUAGUGAGGAGACAUCUUCCUCUCUUUCAUAAAUGACCAAACCACCCUGGCUAAUAAGGGGUGGUCCAUAAUUUUCAACAUUUUCACAAGCGUACAAUACGUACGGGGGAGGGAGGGGGUCAAAACACCAAUGUACACUUUCUUUAAGAAAUUAAUAAAAUGUUGAUCAUCUGUAUUGUACGAAUCGCGGGACGCAUUUAAAUUUCGCGCGCUGCUCACACGGUUAGCUCUGCUUGCUUCCUAUUCAACAAGACAAUGGCCGCACGUGGUGACUUUGAUGCGCUAUUUUUGUUA